CUCCAGCUUCUUGGUUUUUCACCAAGCAGGCAGUGUGAGCUUGUCCUCAGCGCAGAGGGCAGCUCUGAUUUAGUUGAGGACCUCGGCCUGUGUGCUGUGUCACAGGCCAAAUGCUUAUUAUGACUGGAGCAAUGGUCCAUUGUUUGCCUCUGAAUGAGGUCUCUCUGUCUUAAUCCGGCCUUAGACUGCAGAUCUGCUCAAAGUCUCUUACACACAGCAAUGUGCAAACACUCCAAGUACAGAUGAACGCCUUUAGCUGUUUACCCAAAAUCCUGGAUUUAAACUGCAUGGAGCACAAAACACUUGUGUGUCAGCAGAUUUGGAAGUUUGAGUGUUGCUGAAUUUGCAUGUAUAAAAUGCAGAAAUGUGCAGAAUUUGUCCGAUCUUUAUCAUAAAGUCUGAAGAGGAUGUACAAUCCGGUCAGAGCAGCAUCUGCAACAGCAAAACAAAUCGAUUUUGCAGCUGAAUCUGUGAAGAAGCUUCUGAAUCAAGUGAAACUUUGGUCAAGUUUGGCAUCUGAAGAUGGAGGAACCACCUGUAGCUUAACUGCUCUACAUUAAACUUGAUUUAUACUUCUGUGGGAAAUCUACAUAGUAACAGUAAACUCCUUUUAUCCCCACACCUCAGCCUUAUGUGGUAUACAUCAACCUGACGUUUAGUUACACUUCUCUGGAUGUACACAGCAGGUUAUUUAGAAGAUUUCAGCAUAAGGUUAAAAUGAAGUUUCGGUUGUUGCAUAAGUUACAAUGUAGAUCUGAUGCAGAAGUAUUCAUACACGUGUAGGACACAUGAGUUGAGGUCAGCUGUGAGGCAGGAAUCAAUAACACAAACAGAUGCGGAAUUAACGGUGAAAUUUCCUGUUAUCAACCGAGCUACAAGUUUGGGUUGGAUUGUUGGAUAGUUUGAAGGGCUUUAUUUAAUCUUCAAAUCUUGGAAUUAUAAACAGUCCAGAGAGUAAACAACACAGUGUAGAGCAACCAGCUGUGUUGCUGAACUCUACCGUCUUCCAACCCAGCGAGUUUCAGUAGUUCAACAAGUAUGCCACCAUGCUUUAAGCACCACCUCAUGUUUGGUCAUUAAAGCAUAAGCUGUAGAGCCGAGGGUGACAGCAGGCUCGCAGCUUCUCUCUGUGUGCUUACAGCCCCCUGCUGGAGAAGCACAAUAAAUUCUCUUGGGAUCAUUACACUCAAUGUUGGUACAAGUUUAGUUUUUUCUAUUCCUUUACUAAGCAAUCCAACUUUUGCUUUCCAUUGCCUUAGUUGGCAAUGUAACAGAGUAUACCUGCUUCAUUGGUAUGCACAGUGAGAAAUGAGGGUGUUGGGGGGGGGUCUGGUUGUGUGAAUGAUGGGAGCAUUUAGCAGCAGAAUGACAGAGGGGCAGCAGUCUUUGGAUUCUCAGAUUUGGGGUCAAGGGUAGCAGGAGGAGAGAAGAAAACCAGGAAAUAAGAACAGUGGGAGUGUAGAGGUAUGCAUGAGCUUCACCCCCCGAGUGGCUCAUUCCAAGAGUGUUGCGUCAUGUUUUUUCACUUUUCUUUGAACAGAUAACAGUCAGAUGUUUACUGUUCGAGCACGCCUGUUAAAGGAACAGUCUGCCCUAAAUCUAGAAGAGAAAAAUGCACAUGGCUCAGUCAUUUAUGACCAGUGGCCUGUCCUGACAUCUAGUGGCCACAAGUUGGAACAACAGCAAUUUUAAAUUUGAGACAACAGACUGACCACAGACCACGAUCCACAUGUUUGCUGAUUAUUUUCCUGUUUUGGGUUUUAUAGUCACCUGUUUGUCAGCCCUGUAGAAGUCUCAGAGAAGCCACAAGGCAGCCGGGGCAAGCAUGGGAAGUGUUAUCAAGUUAUUUUCUCUGGGUGCGGCCUCAUGCUGUGAAAGUAACAGGAUGGCGAGCGUAUGUCAUAAAGCUGAAGUGUGGUUAAACAUUUCUACAGCACGUGAAGGCUUUCCUUCUUUUUUUUCUCUAGGCCUCGUGAACAAAAACCUUAACCACAAGAACAAAGCCUAAAAGCUACUGCUCAGUGUCAGAGGACACACAAAUGCAGCUUUUUUAUUUAAUUUUUCUUUUAAUUUUUAGAGGACUAGGAGCCAGGUACCUACAUUUUGCUAAAUAAAUACUAUGAUUUAAAAACGGAAGUAAGGAAUCUGAACGGGGAAGCACAUGAGUGCUAUUAUUUUGGUCACAACGGCUGUCAGUGAACUAAGACAACCUUUACACCGUCAGCGUUGCACUGUAGAAGUAUUUAAAUACAGACUGCAAAGAAGAGAAGCUAAAGAAGAGGGCUGAUUUCCUCGGGAUCUGCUGCAUCUGCAGACCAGAUCACCUUUGAAAAGAUCUUUUGAAAAUCUUCAGACAUUUCUGAGGUAAGAAAAACAAGCAUGUGUCUGCAUCUGCCUGUGCUCUUUUAGCGUAACCUCUUUUCCUGCUGCCAUUUGGUUUAACCACAUGUGUGUCCAACUCUGCUCGUCUUAGCUCUUACGUGCGUUGCUAAGCACUAGUGACGACGUCGCAAACUGCAGCAAAACACUCAAACGCAAUAGGGCAGAGCUUCCCCUUCCCCUCAAAACUGGCAGAUAGUUGAGUCAGAGAACAACUGACACCAGAUCCCGCCACCUCCAGCAAACACUCUCAUAUCACAUCACCAUCAGCUUCAUGCUGUCUUCACAUGCAGUGCGCUGGCAGUUUCUUCUUUCGGCACCUGUUGACUCCUUUUUCUGCUGCACAGCUUGAGGACUUUGUAGAAGGUGUGCGCGAUGCUCCACGCGGUCGCUCCUGGCUCUGACCUCUACCUUCUGCCUAUGCGGGUGAUUUAGAGGCACGAGAAACGAGCUGUCAUAGGUACUUCAGCAAAAAAAAUUAUGAUCAAAGGAAAGGCACGCUUGGUUAUAUCAUCGGUGUCACUGUGAGGGAAAAAGAAAAAUGGUCACCAAUAUGACUGAAUGCAAGUACAAUGAAACGGUCUGGAAUCAGAAAAUGGACGUGAUAUACACCUACUUCUACCUGAUUCUCUUCAUACCUGGGCUGCUGCUCAACACCACUGCACUCUGGGUCCUCCUCAGAUACAUCAGCAAGAAGACCAAGGCGGUGAUCUUCAUGAUAAACCUGGCGAUCGCAGACCUGGCCCACAUCCUCUCUCUGCCCCUCAGGAUCUAUUAUUAUUUCACGCACACCUGGCCCUUUGGACGCGGCCUCUGCUUGUUCUGCUUCUACCUGAAAUAUCUCAACAUGUACGCCGCUAUAGUGUUCCUGGUGUGCAUCAGCAUGCAGAGGUGUCUGUUCCUGCAGAAGCCGUUCACGGCUCGACGGUGGCGGCGUCGCUAUGACCUGCUGAUCAGCUUUGUAGUGUGGGUUGUGGUUGGUCUGGGCUGCUCUCCCUUUAUCCUGAUGCGGAGUAGCAACAACGGUAGCAACAACGAAGUGGCAUUAAACAGCACCCAUGCCCAGCUUCCCUUAGGUGUCACCUUAGGUGUCACCAAACAACCACUGACUCUCAGUACGCAGAGUUUAGACUCCAACGCCAAUUCGGCGGGCUGUUUUAAAGACUUGCCCAUGCGCCACCCUCCUCUCUCGGUGACGAUCACCAUGCUGGUCUUUCUUGAGGCGUGUGGUUUCCUAAUCCCUCUAGCAUGCAUGUCAUACAGCACCGUCCGCAUCUUCUGGUCACUCAAGGAGAAGCAGAUCCAGGAUCAGCACAACUCCUUCAACUCCUCAGCACGCAACCGCCUCCACUCAGUCACCUCCAACUGCCAGGCGGAGAAACUGAAUGAAAAGCAGACAAAUGGCGAGAAGCGGCGUGCUCUGCGGAUGGUGGUGGGCUGCUUCAUUCUCUUUUUGUUCUGCUUCGCUCCGUACCACCUCAACUUCGCGCUCUACCUGAUGGUGAAGCAGAGCAUCGUGUCCAGCUGCACCGUCAGCAGGGUGGCGCUCCAGUUUCACCCAGUGUCUCUUUGCAUGGCGGGCCUGAGCUGCUGCUUCAACCCCAUCCUUUAUUACUUUCUUACAGCCGAGUUUAGGAUGCACCUCAAAAGGCGCACCUCCUCCUUCUCGUCCUCCAUCUCCUCCCCGACCACUUCACCGACCCAGUGUCCUUUGCAGAGCAGACUCAUGAGCACCUCCUCAUACAGGGAGUAGCAUUGCUCAGAGGAAAAGUCCAUGAAGGAUUCUGUUGAACUUUAAAGCCGACUGACACAGGGUCCAAGCUGGAUAUGAUCAUCUGACAUGUUGCAGCUGUCUGAACACAAACGACCCAAAAGACAUUGACCUGAGUUGUGUGAAGCCCGCCUCCUCUAAAGCAAGCAGAAAACACCUUCCAACAUGCAGACAGUAUCGUAAACGCUGCCCAAUGUUUCAGUUUGUGUGUAUAAAACUUGAUAUAAGCUAUGUAAUAAAAGCUGUAUGUGAAAUGCACUCCCAUUAAAAGCUUUAAGUCUCA